GGCGCCGGGGGCGCUGCCUCUUGGACUGCCGCUGCUGCUGCCGCUGUGAAGGGCCCGCAAGCCGCCCGCCCGCCGCGCCGGCGCCAUGAAGCGGCAAAGCGAGCGAGACUCGAGCCCGAGCGGGCGUGGCUCGUCAUCGUCCGCAAAGCGGCCGCGGGAGCGCGAACGGGAGGCGGAGGCGGGCGGGCGGCGGGCGGCGCACAAGGCCUCCGGCGGCACCAAGCACCCGGUUCCAGCGCGGGCCCGUGACAAGCCCCGCGGUAGUGGGGGCGGCGGGGGCGGGCAUCGCGAUGGCCGUGGCGCCGGGGACGCGAAUCACCGUGUGAGCAGCGGGCGCUCCUCGGGCUCCGGCGCCGGCGGCGGGGGACGGGCCGGCAAGGCCUCGGGGGACCCGGGCGCCUCCGGCGCGUCGCCCCGCGCAUCUCCACUGCCGCCGCCCCCGCCGCCGCCCGGGGCCGAACCUGCGGGUCCCGGUUCCACGGCCGCGCCGGAGUACAAGACGCUGCUCAUCAGCAGCCUGAGCCCCGCGCUGCCCGCGGAGCACCUCGAGGACCGGCUCUUCCACCAGUUCAAGCGCUUCGGCGAAAUCAGCCUGCGCCUGUCGCACACGCCGGAGCUCGGGCGCGUGGCCUACGUGAACUUCCGGCACCCGCAGGACGCGCGCGAGGCCCGCCAGCACGCCCUGGCCCGCCAGCUGCUGCUGUACGACCGCCCGCUCAAGGUAGAGCCCGUGUACUUGCGCGGCGGCGGCGGCGGCGGAGGCGGCGGGAGCAGCCGGCGGAGCAGCAGCAGCAGCGCCGCCGCCUCCACGCCGCCCCCGGGGCCGCCCGCACCCGCUGACCCCCUGGGUUACCUGCCGCUGCAUGGAGGCUACCAGUACAAGCAGCGCUCGCUGUCCCCGGUAGCCGCCCCGCCCCUGCGAGAGCCCCGCGCCCGCCACGCCGCCGCAGCCUUCGCGCUGGAUGCCGCCGCCGCCGCUGCUGUGGGGCUGUCCCGGGAGCGGGCCCUGGACUACUACGGGCUGUACGACGACCGCGGGCGCCCCUACGGCUACCCCGCCGUGUGCGAGGAGGACCUGAUGCCCGAGGACGACCAGCGGGCCACUCGAAACCUCUUCAUCGGGAACCUGGACCACAGCGUAUCCGAGGUGGAGCUUCGACGGGCCUUCGAGAAGUAUGGCAUCAUUGAGGAGGUGGUCAUCAAGAGGCCUGCCCGCGGCCAAGGUGGCGCCUAUGCCUUCCUCAAGUUCCAGAACUUGGACAUGGCCCACAGGGCUAAGGUGGCUAUGUCGGGCCGGGUGAUUGGCAGAAACCCCAUUAAGAUAGGCUAUGGCAAGGCCAACCCCACCACCCGCCUCUGGGUGGGCGGCCUGGGACCCAACACCUCGCUGGCGGCUCUGGCCCGGGAAUUUGAUCGCUUUGGGAGCAUUCGGACCAUUGAUCACGUCAAAGGAGACAGCUUUGCCUACAUCCAGUACGAGAGCCUGGACGCCGCCCAGGCCGCCUGUGCUAAAAUGAGGGGCUUCCCUUUGGGUGGUCCAGACCGCAGGCUCCGGGUGGAUUUUGCCAAAGCCGAGGAGACUCGCUACCCCCAGCAGUACCAGCCCUCGCCCCUCCCUGUGCAUUAUGAGCUGCUCGCGGACGGCUACACCCGCCACCGAAACCUGGAUGCCGACCUGAGGGUGCGGGACAGGACCCCCCCACACCUUCUGUACUCAGACAGAGACCGGACCUUUUUGGAAGCAGACUGGACCGGCCUCAGUAAAAGUUCUGACCGCAGAAACAGCCUCGAGGGCUAUAGCCGCUCAGUGCGCAGCCGCAGUGGCGAGCGCUGGGGAGCAGACGGGGAGCGAGGCAUGCCCAAGCCCUGGGAAGAGAGGCGCAAGCGACGAAGCCUUUCCAGCGACCGUGGGAGGACAAGCCACUCCCCUUAUGAGGAACGGAGCAGGACCAAGGGUGGGGGGCAGCUGUCCGAUCGAGGCUCAGAUCGCACCCCUGAGCGCAGCCGCAAGGAGAACCAUUCCAGUGAAGGGACCAAGGAGUCGGGCAGCAACUCCCUCAGCAACAGCAGACAUGGGGCCGAGGAGCGGGGCCACCACCACCACCACCAUGAGGCUCCAGACUCUUCCCACGGGAAGAAGAGAGAGAGCGAGCGCAACCACCGGGCCACUGAGGCCGAGCCCAAGCCUCCCGAGGAGCCAAAACAUGAGACCAAAAAGCUAAAGACUCUUUCGGAGUAUGCUCAGACGCUGCAGCUGGGGUGGAAUGGGCUUCUCGUAUUGAAAAACAGCUGCUUCCCAACAUCUAUGCACAUCCUAGAGGGGGACCAGGGAGUUAUCAGCGGUCUCCUCAAAGACCAUACUUCCGGGAGCAAGCUGACUCAGCUGAAGAUUGCCCAGCGCCUUCGACUGGACCAGCCCAAGCUCGAUGAGGUCACACGACGCAUCAAGCAGGGGAGCCCCAAUGGCUAUGCAGUGCUCCUAGCCACUCAGGCAACCCCCAGCGGGCCUGGCACUGAAGGGAUGCCCACGGUGGAGCCAGGCCUACAGAGGCGGCUUCUCAGGAACCUGGUCUCCUACUUGAAACAGAAGCAGGCCGCAGGGGUCAUCAGCCUGCCGGUGGGGGGGUCCAAGGGCAGAGACAGCACGGGCAUGCUCUACGCCUUCCCACCCUGCGACUUUUCACAGCAGUACCUCCAGUCAGCACUGAGGACAUUGGGCAAGCUAGAAGAAGAACACAUGGUGAUAGUUAUAGUAAGAGACACUGCCUAGCCCAAACCUGUCUUUUCCAGCUGUUUGUGUCACAAAAGCAGUUAUUUUAAAUCUGAUCUCUUCUCUACUCCCUUUGUUUGAAUUCGCUGAGUUAAUUUUGGUUCAUAUGGUGGGAAUCCUGUCCAUCACUAAAACUAAGUUCUUAGAUUUGGGGGAUUUUUUUUUUUUUUUAACAACCAUGAGAAGGAACUCCUGUUACAUUGGCUUCUAGUGUACAAGAUACUGUCUGCUGUAUUCUGUAUUUUUUUUUUUUUGACUAACUGUAUGAAGAGUUGUCAGUAAAGCCUUUGUCAGAGGACAGAUUUUUAA